UAAUUAUUAUGAGAGCAAGUGUGCCCUCUUUUUGCAGUGUUUCCUGGUUCCUGACGUCUCUGUUCAUCGCCGUCCAUCUGAAGAGCUCUCGAGUCGAAAUUCGUUGCCAAAUUCUGGGUUCUGAGUCGAAGAUUUAGUUGAAAUUGUGGGGAAAGCAAUGGAGACUGAAACAGAGGCUAGGGUGAUUCCACAACCGGAGGAACAUGAACAAGAGCUGCCCCAAAAUCCACCAUUAUUACCACCUCGUCUGGUGAUGUAUCUCUAUGUGGGCUAUUUUCUUGCAAGAUGGGGUGCCAGAAUGUGGGAAUUCUCAGUUGCUCUGUACAUGAUCCACCUCUGGCCAAACUCUCUGCUUCUCGCGGCAAUCUACGGCGCCGUAGAAUCUGGGUCCACAGCCCUUUUUGGCCCCAUUGUAGGCCAACGUAUCGAGGGAAUGGACUACAUUAAGGUUCUUCGACUCUGGCUCGUGUCUCAGAAUCUUUCCUUCCUCUUGAUGGGUGGUUCAGUCAUCGCAUUGUUGGGAGUAUCAGAUCUCAAAUCCCACAAUAUCGCUGUUUUCAUCACCUUGGUGGUCUCGACAAACGUUGCAGGAGCCAUAGGUGUACUAUCCACUCUUUCUGGUACCAUUCUGAUCGAACGAGACUGGGCGGUGGUGAUGUCGGAAGGGCAUCCACCAGAGGUACUGACGAAAAUGAAUUCGGUGAUUAGAGGAAUAGAUUUGAGCUCGAAGCUACUAGCUCCUGUCUUAACUGGUUUGAUCAUCAGUUUUGUCUCUCUGAUGGCAUCUGCAAUUACGUUUGCGGCAUGGGCCAUCAUCACAGUCUGGAUUGAGUAUUGGCUCUUCAUCUCUGUGUACAGAGGCGUUCCAGCUAUUGUCCAAAGCAAUGAGAGACGUUGCUCAAGGUCUCACACUGAAGAGACAGAAGGUGUUUCUGUCUCGGUUUCUGUAGUUCCAGGGAGUGAGGAACUCACAGCUUCAAGAAACAGAUCCAGGAAGGUUGUAGAAAGAAUCUCCGAGUCCUCUUUCGUCACUGCAUGGAAAGUUUAUCUGAAACAGCAAGUUGUACUUCCCGGAGUCGCUCUGGCUCUCUUGUUCUUCACCGUCCUCAGCUUCGGGACGUUGAUGACGGCUACGUUACAGUGGGAAGGAAUACCGGCAUAUAUAAUCGGAAUAGGGAGAGGUGUAAGCGCCACCGUAGGACUGGCAGCCACAGUUGUGUACCCUAUUAUGCAAUCACGUCUCUCAACUCUUCGAACCGGCCUUUGGUCCAUCUGGUCUCAGUGGAGUUGCCUGUUGGUGUGUGUGGGAUCUAUAUGGGUGGGAAAGAGAAUGAUAGGGGCAUACAUGCUGAUGGGUGGAGUUGCUGCUUCUCGGCUCGGCCUUUGGAUGUUCGAUUUAGCCGUCAUCCAACAGAUGCAGGAUAUGGUGCCAGAAUCGGACCGUUGCGUGGUGGGGGGAGUGCAGAACUCCUUGCAAUCAGCACUCGACUUGAUGGGUUACCUCUUGGGUAUCAUCGUCUCUGAUCCCCAGGAGUUUUGGAUACUGACGAUGAUAUCGGUGUCGGCGGUGACGGCGGCGGGGAUGAUCUACACGGUCCAUCUCUACCGUAUCCGGAAACAUAUCUUUCACUUUGACAAGAUCUUGGGACCCAACAAAUGUCUGGAUUAGAGUUUAUAGGAUCGCGAGGAUAUGAUUCUAUGGGCAUUGGCCUUUUCAUUAUCAAAGUUCAAUUCUGUUUCACUACUGUCGUUAAACAAAAUAUUGAAAAGACAUUGCAGAAAGCAAAAAUGAAAACAUUGAAGUGCCA